AUGAACAAUUUUUUGGUUAAAAUUAAAGGAGAUGAAAGAUUAAAUAAUGAAAUAAAAACUGUUUUUACGAAGAAUUUCAAUGAAGAAAAAAAUUAUGAAAAGAAAAAGAAUGUUAAAUAUAUAUUAACAGAACGGUAUGUAGAUGAAUAUAUUACUCCAUUUUUAAUUAAAGAAGAAGGUGAUUAUUAUUGCGUAUUAUGUGAAUUGAAUUUAUCAUCUUUUAAUGAAAAAAGUAAUAAUUCGUUUCAAAAUAUUUUAAAUCUAUAUUUUUAUUCAUCUCAUAUAUAUUUUGAAGAUAUAGAAAAGGAUCAAUAUGAAAUAAAAAUAAAUGGACAUAAUAAAAAAUAUAAGGAAUAUAAAAUAAAAAAUAAAAAUGUAUUAUUGCUAUAUGGAGAUUUUAACUAUAUUAAUAACGAUAAAAAGAGGAAUAAAGAAAACAGAAAUAAAAUGAAAGAAUUGUAUUACUAUAUAAAAGAAAAUAAACAUAAUUUGAAUGACUGUUUUAAUAAUAUUGAAGGAAGUUUUAUUUUAAUUUAUGCGCAAUAUGAAAAUAACAAAGUAAAUUUCUUUUUUUUUAAUGAUAAUUUCGGAAAAAGAUCAUUUAUUUUCUUUCAUGUGAAUAAUUCUAUAAUAUUAACGAAUCUGUAUGGAUUUUUUAUAAAUUAUGAUUUUAAUUACAUUUGUUUAAAUGAUGAAAAUUAUUUAUUUGAUGAUAAUUCUAUAAAAGAAGAGUUUAAUUUAAUUAAUCAUCAUGAUAUUAUUUAUAGAAAACCAUUCACAGAUAAUGGAAAUUAUAAUUCUAAUAAAAAUAUAAAAGAAAAUAAAAAUAUGAAUUGUAUUAAUGAAAAAAUAGCUAUUAAUAUAAGGCCACAUUAUAUAUAUAAUUUAUUAAUUGAAAAAAAUGAUGUCAUAUUAAAAAAUUUAAAGAAAACAAAUUGUAUAUAUAAUAUUGAUUAUGAGUGGAGUAAUAAGAAUUUAUCAGUGAAAGAAAAUUUUGAAUAUAUGUUAAAUUUUUUUAAACAAAAUAAUUUUUUUGGUGAUUUCAGUAAGGAAGAACAAAUAAACUUAGAAGGAGUUAUUGAAAAUUUAAUAAAUAAAAAAAUUGAAUACCAACAAGAAAAUAGAUAUGUAACAAACAAAGAUAUAUUCACAGAGACGAAAUUAAAUAAUAUUUUUAUAAAUUUACAUAUAACUUUGUUAAAUAAUGUAGUUAAAAAAAAAAUAGAGGAGACUUUUGAAUGUACUAAAGAAAGCAAAAUUCAGAAGGAAAAAGAUGAAGAAAACAUAAAUGGAAAUUUAAAAGAUGAUGAAAAAAAAAAAUCAAUAGGAAUAUUAUUUUCAGGAGGAAUAGAUUCAACUCUAUUAACAAUACUAACAAUAAAAAAUUUUUUUUGUUUUUAUAAAAAUGGAUACAUAGAAUUAAUUAAUGUAGCUUUUAAUGAAAAUUCAGUUGAUAGAUAUACUUCUCUUAUAUCUUAUGAAAAUAUAAUUAAUUUAUUUCCUUUUUAUGAUAUUAGAUUAGUAUUUAUUGAUGUUUCACCUGAUGAAUUAAUAGAAUAUGAAAAAAUAAUUUAUUCAUUAAUUUCACCUAAUAAUACUAUAAUGGAUUAUAACAUUUCAUCAGCUUUAUUUUUUGCAAAUAUAGGUAGAGGUUAUAUUUGUUCUCCUACAUUUUUUAAAUCAUAUCAAUGGAAUAUAAUAAAAAAAUGUGUUUUUAAUAUUUUAAAUGUUAAUUAUAGUAAGCAAAUCAAUCAAAAUGGUUUGAAAGAAAAUGAUGAAACAUAUAAUAAAGUAAAAGUUGAAAAAGAAGAAAAAAAAAAGAAUAUAAAAAAAAAGUGCACUAUAUGUGAGUUUGUAAUGAAUAAGAAAUGUAUACAUAGAUGCUGUUCAUCUUGCUGUAGGAAAUUACGUUAUAUAUAUUUUAAUGAAUUUUAUUUAAAUAAGGAACAAAUGAUGAAAAAAAAAAAUUCAACAGUAUUAAGUAAAAAUGUAAUUAAUAAUAAUACUAAUACUAAUACUAAUAUAUAUAAAAAGGAAGAGGAAAGUUCUAUUGAUAUUUAUGAAGUAACAUAUGAUGAAAAAACUAGUAAAAAAUGCAUUUAUUUAUUAAUUAAAAAGAAAAAGAUAUUAAUUGAUUUUAAAAUUUUUCCUGAAUGUAAUAAACACAAAGAAAAAUUAUACGAUUAUAAAAAGAUAGGUACUCUAUUUUUUGAGUUUAAUAAAGAAUUAGAAGAAAAAAAAAGAUAUGAAAAAAAUAAAUUUAAGACAUAUUUAAAUAAUGAAAAUAUUCAAUAUUCAUUUAAUGAUUAUAAUAAAAUAAUGUUCGAUGAAAUUUUGUCGGUAGAAAGUGGUGAUAGCAACAAAAAAAGUGAAAUAGAAGAUGAAGAAGAAAAAGUAAAGAAUAUGAAAGAGGAUAAUACUAAUGAAAUACUAAAUGAAGUAAAUAUUAAUAAAGUUGGUGAAGAUAAUUUCAUUGAAUAUUUUGCAGCAAAAAAAGCAGAUAAAAACAUGAAUAAUUUUUAUAAAAUAAAAAGCUUAUUUUCUGUAAAAAAUAAAAGAAAAGAAGAAUAUAGUAGUAAUAAAAAUGAAGAUAAAAUUUUUAUUGAUAAUCUUUUAAAAAAAGAAGAAGAGUGUUUAAAUUAUUUGAAUAGAAGAAUAUACAACUCUGGUAAUACAGAAAAGGUAUAUUACCAAUGUAAUCAUAAAUUACUUAUAAUAGGUAGUGGAGCUGAUGAGUUAUAUGGUGGAUAUUAUAGGCAGAACAAUUCAAAUGUAAACAAAAAUUUAGAUACAAAUUUUAAGAUGAAUGAAAUGAUUAAAGAUAUCAAAAGAUUAUGGAUUAGAAAUUUAUAUAGAGAUGAUAGAAUUUUAAGUUUUACUAAUAUAUCAAAAAAAUAUAUUUUUUAUCCAUUUUUAAAUAUAAAAAUAAUUAAUUUUUUAUUUUUAUUAUCUUUUUAUAUAAUAGAAUCACCUAUACCUAACUUUUAUUCCAUACAAAAAAAAAUGGAUGAUGGAAAAAAUGAAUCAUCACUUUUAAAUAUUGCAAGUAUUUCUGAAGUAAAUAAAGAAAUAAAAAACGGAAAAAUCAAAAAUGAAAAUAAAUUAGACAAAGCAAAUUUUAAUUUUCUAAAGGAAAACUUAGAGGAAUGUUAUAAAAUAUACGAAAUUAUUGAGAAUCACAAAAUUAGCAAGUGGAUCUUAAGAAUGUCAAUAUUCUUUUUAAAAAUGAAGGAAGUAAUGUUUUUUAAGAAAAAAGCUAUCCAAUUUGGUUCGAAAGCAAAAGAUAUAAGAAAAUAUAUGAAAGAAUCUUUGUAUCGUUUUAAUAACAAAGGAGAUAUUAUAUUUGAUAAAAAUGAUAAAAAGGGAGACAAUUAUUACGUACUUUUAUCUUAA